GCGCCCACACGCGCUGCGGGUUCACUCGCUGCACGAUGGCGGAGGGAGGCGGACCCGAGUCGGGGAACGCUUCAGAUCCUGAUGCGGAGCCGGGGUCGGCUCAAACUCCAGUACCUUCUAUCGAGAGUCAAAAGCAGACCAUUGGAACACUGCUGAAAACCACACUCCGAAAGGGAGAUGAAUGGUUUUUGAUUGACAGCCGGUGGUUCAAACAGUGGAAAAAAUAUGUGGGCUUUGACAGCUGGGAUAUGUACAAUGUCGGAGAACGCAAUCUGUAUCCGGGACCCAUUGACAACUCUGGGCUUUUUUCAGACCAAGAAACCCAAGCGCUAAAAGAACAUCUUAUAGAUGAGUUAGACUAUGUCUUGGUGCCCACAGAAGCUUGGAUUAAGCUUGUCAGCUGGUAUGGCUGUCUAGAGGGACAGCGACCUAUUGUCAGAAAGGUGGUUGAGCAUGGCAUGUUUGUAAAGCACUGUAAAGUGGAAGUAUAUCUGUUGGAGCUGAACUUAUGUGAGAAUGACAACAUGGACAACGUGGUCACUCGCCAUUUCAGCAAAGCUGAUACCAUUGAUACCAUUGAAAAGGAGAUGAGGUCUCUCUUUAAUAUCCCAUCAGAAAAAGAAACUCGACUAUGGAACAAGUACAUGAGCAACACAUACGAGCAGCUGAACAAGCCUGACAGCACUGUUCAGGAUGCUGGGCUUUUUCAGGGCCAGGUACUUGUGAUUGAAAGGAAGAAUGAAGAUGGCACAUGGCCCAGGCAAGCCUCCCAUCCCAAGUCCAGUACAACCACCUCUCGGACUUUCACUACGUCCCCGAAGUUCUCCUCCAAUUCGUCUGCCACCAUUUCUUCCACAGUGACCAAUGGAGACAGCAGUGGCAAUUCUGGCUACAUGCUGAACAAUAGCACAUCUGCUGGUAACAGGUUGGGAGGGUACAACUCGUACAGCUCGUCUUACAGUUACAGAGAGUCUGCCUCACAGCCUGGGCUCUGUGGCCUCAGCAAUUUGGGCAACACCUGCUUCAUGAACUCUGCACUCCAGUGUUUGAGCAAUUCACCGCCCUUAACGGAAUAUUUUCUGGAGGACCGGUAUGAAGCAGAGAUCAACCGAGAGAAUCCAUUAGGGAUGCGAGGGGAGAUCGCUGAGGCCUAUGCCGACUUAGUCAAACAGAUGUGGCUCAGUCGAAGCAGCUAUGUGGCUCCCCGCACUUUCAAAACGCAGGUCGGCCGCUUUGCCCCCCAGUUCUCAGGGUACCAGCAGCAGGACUCUCAGGAGCUGUUGGCCUUCUUGCUGGAUGGACUACAUGAGGACCUGAACCGUGUUAAGAAGAAGCCUUACUUGGCCCUGAGAGAUGCUGAGGGCCGGCCUGAUGAGAUUGUAGCUAAAGAGGCAUGGACAAACCAUCGGCUGCGAAAUGAUUCCAUCAUAGUUGAUAUCUUCCACGGCCUGUUCAAGUCCACGCUAGUCUGUCCCGAAUGCUCCAAAGUAUCUGUCACUUUUGACCCUUUCUGCUACCUCACGCUGCCCCUGCCCAUGAAGAAGGACCGAACCAUGGAGGUGUUUUUGGUUCGGACCGACCCUCAGUCCAGACCCAUGCAAUUUCGCGUGGUGGUCCCUAAACUAGGCACAGUGGCAGACCUGUGCAGUGCUUUGGCUAAACUGUCUGGAGUUCCAGCAGAGAAUAUGGUUGUGGCUGAUGUUUACAAUCACCGAUUCCAUAAAAUCUACAGAAGGGAUGAUGGUCUCAACCAUAUUAUGGAAAAAGACGACAUCUUUGUCUAUGAGGUGUUGGAAGAGGACAGUGAGCGGAUGAAUCUGCCGGUAUACUUCAGGGAGAGACACAUGAAGCACAGCGGAGGCUCCUCAGGCACAAUGCUGUUUGGGCAGCCACUUCUCAUCACCGUUCCGCGCCACAACCUCUCCCCAGACACACUAUAUGAGCGUGUGCUUGAAAGAAUUGGGCGCUACGUGAAGCGCUCACAGGCCACCACGAUGGACAGCCGAGCCUCUGCGUCAGCCACUUCCUCUAACAGCAGCCACUCAGUGGACUGUGGAGUUUUAGCAUCCAAUCAUAAUGCAGGGCUGAGCAGCUGUAGCAGCCCAAUGUCAGAUGGGGCAUCCUGCAGCGCUGGUUCUACCAAUGGGAGCAGCCACUCUGAAACCUGUAAUGGCCCCAAUGGAGCAUGUGAUGGUGAAGAUGAGGCCAUGGACCACCAGGUGAGCCCAGAUCCUGAAAGUAGCCAGUCAGAAACUGUGGACGGGGAGGAUGAGGGCUCAGAGCCUGAGAACGGACCCAUUGGUAGUGUUGGGAAAGCUUCUCGACCCAAACUCUUCUCUUUUAGCAUGGUCAAUUCCUAUGGCACAGCCAACAUCAGUCCUUUACCAUGUGAAGGCAACAUCCUCAAACUCACACCACAUUCCACAAUAGCUAUUGAUUGGGACACGGACACAAAGAGACUGUGCUAUGAUGACCAGGAGGCAGAGGCUUAUGAGAAGCAUGAGAGCAUGAUGCAGGCUCAGAAGAAGAAGGCUACGGUGGCUCUGAGGGAAUGCAUUGAGCUUUUUACCACCAUGGAGACGCUGGGAGAGCAUGAUCCUUGGUACUGCCCCACCUGUAAGAAGCACCAGCAGGCCACAAAGAAGUUUGACCUGUGGUCUCUACCCCGCAUUCUGGUGGUACAUCUGAAACGCUUUUCGUACAACCGCUGCUGGAGAGACAAACUGGACACUGUAGUGGACUUCCCCAUCAGGGAUCUGAACAUGUCUGAGUUUGUCUGCGACCCUAAAGCUGGCCCCUACAUCUAUGACCUCGUCGCUGUCUCUAACCACUAUGGAGGAAUGGGUGGAGGCCAUUACACGGCGUAUGCUAAGAAUAAGACUGAUGGGAAAUGGUAUUACUUUGAUGACAGCAGUGUGUCCUCUGCCUCUGAAGAUCAGAUAGUGACUAAAGCAGCCUAUGUACUCUUCUACCAACGUCGAGAUGGAGAAGGUCCAUCCAGAUCCACUCCAUCAGCAUCUCUUGGAGGAGCUUCUGAGUCCUUGGAAGACCACAUGGACACCAACUGAAGUUCAUUAUUCUUUAAGGACGGGCACUAAAAUAAAAGCUAUGUGAACGAAAAACCAACGACGCAUCGAUGCACAUCCCAGGCUUUUCGGUGAUUUUGUUUUUUUUCCAAGACUUGGAGGCCCUGUCUUUUACGCUUUAUUUUAAUUUUCUUCACAAAUGUACACAUCUACCAAGAGCCAAGAAGUAUGACGUAAGAACAAAUAAGUGAAAGAAAGAAAAUCAAUAAAUGAGAAUUUUAGUUUGAAGCGUGACAUUACAGACUUUCUCCCUGGACCUUGUUGCCUGCUGAGCACAUUUCUUUAGUUUAUAAGGAGGCAGAGGAUGAUACGGAUAUUCAGCCUCUCGCUGGACAUCGAGAAUGUUAAGUUGCCUGAAAUAUUGCAAUGAAAGCGCAUACUUUUCUGUAACCCAGUGGAAAAGUCAAAAGAAGCCAAAUGCAUUGUGUUGUGACAACCAAAGUUGUAUACAUGUUGAUGGCAUUGGAGAUGAUGAGGACAAGGGAAAAUUGCCUAGAUAUAGACAGAAAAGUCUGAGCAAUGUAUGCAAACGAAGAUACAUUUAAUUUUCCUUUUCCCCCUCCAUUCACCCUGCGUACUCGAAGGUGUUUUGUAUUAUGUGCCUCUUGUGAGGAAUCGCUUCUUCUCUGAAAAAUGCUUGUGUCCAUAAUCCACAUUUUAGACAGAAGGCUUUCAUUUAUUGAGUAGACAGUGUCUCCAUUGCUGUGUUCAACCACGAGGCUUUCAACUUACUGCAGUGAUAUUUUUGCAAGCGUUCAUUUACGCAUAUUUCACUUUAAGGCUUUAUCCUUGAGGCCUGGGGUAGACAGUAUAGGCUGAACUAUAAGUUAUGUGGUGAGGUUGAUUAUACUGCUGAUCUUCAAUAUUGUGCUGCUCUCUCUGAUACGUUAGCACUAGCGGCCUUUCUGCCCCAAGAACUGUUAAAAGGGGGCUUGUGUGAGUGGAUUUAGAUUUAAACUUAAAGGUGGUACACAUACAUGUCCUGCUUGUCCCAAAAAAGGCUGAGGUUCAUCACAUGGCGUUUCCUUAGUUGAGACCACUUUUGCAAAGUUAUAUGCUUUGGAAUCUUCCAGUUUGGCAGAUUUUUAAUAGAUCUUUGUUUUGGAUGUUUCUCCUCUUGUUAAAGGGCGGACAGAGGAGUUUCGAGCCACUGCUCGAAAGUGGUGCUAAAUUUGAGACUUGAAAAGGCUGCAGUUUUUGGCACAGAUGAAUAUCUUACCCAGGAAGCUUGGGGCUGAUGCUAUAAAGAGGAAACCUUACACGUUCAAGUGACUACAACGCUACCCUGCCCUAUCUGCUACUCUGUGGUGAAUUUGCCAUGUUAUUGGUUGUGGCAUUACUUUGCUUGUCAGAUGACUCAGUGCAAAACUCUUACUGAUGUAAACAUGCUUCAUACUGGGAGGAUAUUACUGACAGCCCUUCCUCCCUGUUAUGAAUUUACCAAAACAGUCAGUAUGCAUCCAUCUAUCUUGUGCUUUUCUCUACUGUGGAAUAGCAGCAUGCAAAAUGGAAAAUUGUUGGUUGGUAUCCCCACAUGCUUCUCUCUUUUCAGUCUGUCAGGCUGUGACAAGUACAUGCUUGAUAUCCUGCUAUAACCUAUGACAUGGAUACUAGAAUUAUGACAUACUGGCCAAUGCACUUUUUUACCUGCCACAUUAUCAGAAUAGCAUCCAUUUUAAAAUUCAUUUUGAGAGAUGUUGCAUAGAUGUAAAUAGUCAUGUACUAUCUACAGAAUAGGAUACAUAACUUCUUUGUGUUCUGAUAUUUAUCAUGGCAAUAUGUGCAACCCCGGAUUUUGAAACUACAUUUAAAUCAAAAAGACAAUAAAGAAUUGAAGCCUGA